AUGUGUCUUACUAGCUUCUCAGGGGGCUGGUCCGGAACUGAUGAGAACCUCUUCUGCGAAAGAGUGGGAGAUUUUGUGUUGCCUAAUGGCAAACUUGAGGUUGAAGUAGAGGCGUUAAAGAAAAAAUACAAUGCAGUGUUUCAAGGGGGGCCAGGAGAAAUAAAAGGUGUUAAGGCUCAAGUCACUCUCAAGGACAAUGCUGUUCCUAAGUUUUGCAAAUUUAGGCCUGUGCCUUACUCGUUAAGGGAAAAAGUAGAACAAGAAUUAGAUCGGUGGGUUGAGGAUGGUAUAGCGUACAGAGUUUCUAGUUCAGAAUGGGCUACUCCGUUAGUUACAGUGCCCAAGACUAAUGGUGUCCGAUUGUGCGCAGACUUCAAAGUAACAUUGAAUCCGGUGUUACAGAUGGAACAUUAUCCAUUACCUCAACCUGAGGAUAUAUUUGCUUCUCUGUCUGGUUGUACAUAUUUUUCAGUUGUGGAUCUCACUAAUGCUUAUCAACAAUUAGCUGUUGCGGAGGAUUCACAACCUCUUUUGACGUUAACAACUCACAAGGGACUAUUUCGACUAAGACGUCUGCCAUUUGGACUUUCUUCAGCUCCAGCUAUAUUUCAAGCUGUGAUUGAUCAAAUUAUAAACGGAUUACCAGUACACUAUGAUGUCUUGAAACCUUUAGUGCUCACUUGUGAUGCUAGUCCUAAAGGAGUUUCUGCCAUUUUGUCCCAUAUCAUAAACGGAGAAGAAAGACCUAUAGCGUUUGCAUCAAAAACACUGAGUGCCAGUGAGAAGAACUAUUCACAGCUCCACAAGGAGGCGUUGGCACUGAUCUUUGGAGUGAAGAAAUUCCAUAAAUACAUUUAUGGGCGUACCAAUUGUAUUUUACAAAGUGAUCAUCAGCCACUAGCAGCUAUUUUUGGAUCGAAACGAGGGGUGCCUAGUUUAGCUGCUGCUCGCCUACAACGAUGGGCCCUGAUUUUGUCUGCCUACAAUUUUGAGGUAAAAUAUCGGAAGGGUUCCAGUUUGCCUCACGCUGAUGCGUUGUCACGCUUACCACUACCCGAGAAUGAAACUUUGGAGUUGGAUGAAAAUUAUAUAUCUCAUGUGGAAUCUUGUGUAAGAGAAAUGAACUUCUUCAAUUCGGGGAGUGACGAUUCUCCAAUCACUUCUUUAGAGAUAGGACAAUUGACUGAUAAAGACCCACUGUUGUCUAAAGUUCAGGAUUUUGUGUUGUAUGGGUGGCGUGAAAUUGUAGACCCAAUGUUAAUUCCAUUUCAGAGAAGGAAAGAUGAAUUGUCAGUGGAUAAAAAUUGCAUUUUAUGGGGCAGUAGAGUAGUCAUACCUAAGAAAUUGCAAGGUAAAGUCAUCCAGAUAUUGCAUGAACAACAUCCUGGAAUUACUCGAAUGAAAUUGUUGGCACGCAGCCACGUGUGGUGGCCUGGGAUCGAAAAAGUAAUUGAGGAUGCUGUGUUAUCUUGUUUGAUUUUUCAAAGUACAAGAAAUGCUGAUUCAAAAGUUCCAUUGCAGCAAUGGCCGUUAACUUCAGAGAGAUGGCGCCGAAUUCAUAUCGAUUUUGCUGAAGAUCCAACCACCAGACAGCAAAUGUUGAUUGUAGUGGAUAGUUUUUCAAAGUGGAUGGAAGUAUUUGUAAUGGGUUCUAUUUCCACGGGGAAGACCAUUGAGAAACUUCUUACACUAUUUUCUGCUUAUGGUUUACCUGAGGAGUUGGUGUGUGACAACGGCACGUCUUUUACCAGUCUAGAAUUCAGGGAGUUUCUUAGAAAAAAUGGUGUAAAACUAACAUUUUCUCCACCAUAUCACCCUGCCUCCAAUGGAGCAGCCGAGCGUUCUGUUCAAGAAGUUAAGAAAAGUUUGUUAAGGCAAGUUUUGGGUGAAAAAUCAUCUCAGCAGACAUCACUGCAGUAUAAAUUGGAUAACUUUCUUUUCGCAUAUCGUAAUACUCCAUCGUCAGUAACCGGUGUGAGCGGCUGA